UCCCCAAACUAGUAAUUUUCAUUUCUUCGUUCCCAAUUUUCCCUCUCAUUUCUUUCAUUUCAAUCCCCGUCGGGAAAAAGCCCUGAAUCUUCGGUUCAUCUUUAGUUCUGCAGCUAACCCGUGCCUUUUUGCUUAUAAUUUAUCUCUCCCAUCUCUGAAAAUUAAACUUCAGCGGCGGAAACCUGUGGUUUGGUUUGCUCAACGGAAGGCUGAUAACAACUGAUAUGAACUUCAGCAGCGGCAUCUUUUUGGAUUAUUAAACUUGAGGAAAGAUACACUUCUCCAAAUUGAGGAUGCAAAACAAGAAGAAAGGUGGUGGACGAACUGCUGGCUCCACUCCAAAAGCUUCAAGACUCCAGAAAAAGGUAUCUGACAACGUGCUGGUUCAAGCAGAGAAAGUUGCAGAGCUAAUUACUUCUUCUACAAGGAAGCAAAAAACUGCUAGAAAGCUCCCGGAAAACACAGAGUUGUUUGCUGCUGCAACAAAUUUGGAUACUACACUAGGUUUGGUGAAUGAUGACAAUUUCACUGCUUGUUUAGGCCAUGAUGACAAGAAAAAGGGUUUUGAUGAUGUAGCAGUUCAUCAAGUGGUUGAUACUAUAUUUUCUCCUGGCUUCCAUAUUUCAAGAAGCAUUGGAGGGGAAAUUGCAAAUGCAGACUUCUUCAAGUUUUUCCAGCAUGGAGGACAGCAUUUCCAGGACCAUGGGAAAGAAAACCUGCAGGUUGAUUUGCUAAGUGCACAUGUGAUUCAAGAGAAGAGUUUUGAUCAGGAUGCACUCACUUCAAUGAAUCUUACUUGCCCAGACUUUGGAGGUGCUCUACCAUCAGAAAUUUCUUCAGUUUAUCUUUCCAUGAAAAAUUCAAAUUUGGAAUGUGUUGAUGAAUAUAAUCAAGAACAGUUGUCUGCCGAUAUAUGUUAUGAUGAUGAGGAAGUUGAAGACUUUGAUGACUUUGAUCCAUACUUUUUUGUAAAGAAUUUGCCAGAUCUGCAUUCUGUUGUCCCAAAAUUUCGGCCUAUGCUAUUGCCCAAGCAGACACGGAGUUGCCCUUCAACCACUCUUGUGUUAGACUUGGAUGAGACCUUGGUGCACUCCACACUUGAACCUUGUGAUGAUGCAGAUUUUACCUUUUCUGUUGAUUUCAACCUGAAGAAGCAUGCUGUAUAUGUUAGGUGCCGUCCUCAUCUAAGAGAUUUCAUGGAUAGGGUAUCGGGCCUUUUUGAAAUUAUCAUUUUCACAGCCAGCCAGAGCAUUUAUGCUGAGCAGCUUCUGAACGUACUAGACCCAAAGAGGAAAAUAUUUCGCCACCGUGUUUUCCGUGAGUCCUGUGUGCUUGUUGAUGGAAAUUAUCUCAAAGAUCUGUCAGUUCUUGGGCGUGACUUAGCACAUGUGAUUAUUAUUGAUAACUCUCCCCAGGCAUUUGGGUUUCAGAUAGACAAUGGAAUACCAAUAGAGAGCUGGUUUGAUGAUCGUUCUGAUACAGAGUUGAUUUCAUUGCUUCCAUUCUUGGAAAGUUUAGUUGCAGUUGACGAUGUGAGGCCAUUGAUUGCUGAGAAAUUCAACCUUAGAGAGAAAAUAGCUGCAGCAGUUUGUCCUUUAAACUCGAAUAGAGGAGACCCACUUGAAAGAAGAAGAGGACACGUCCUUCCUACGGCCAUUGUCUAUUUUCUUGUCCCAAGUACAAGAGAUUCACUCUUGGACUCAGUAAAACCCUCCCACCAAUUACUCAGUGCAGUAUUUAGUACGGCGCGACCCAAAAAAAAAAAAAAAAAAAUUGUUUCGAAUAAGGUUGAGAUGGAGACGAGCGAUCUAGAACUGAAGCAUUUAGGGUUUGUUAGAGCGAUGGCGAGCAUCGCCGUGGUGUGGCUUUCUUGCUUGUACGACUACGCCAAGCAAAAUUCUGGACCCCUGAAAUCAACCGUAGGAACUGUGGAGAACGCCGUUACUACCGUCGUAGGCCCUGUUUACGAAAGAUUCAAGGGCCUUCCUGACGAUCUCCUUGCUCGUCUAGAUACAAAGGUUGAUAAUGUGUCAAAGAAAUUUGAUGAGCAUGCUCCACCGGUGGCCAAGAAGAUUGUUAAUAGGGCAAAGAAUGUAGUCCAGAAGGGUUCACAGGUUGCCCAAGAUUUGGUCCAGCAAGCUCAAGUUGGUGGUCCUCGUGCAGCCCUUCGUCAUGCUGCUUCACUGUCCAAGAACAUUGCUGUGAGGCUAUUAGCAGUGUUAUGGCAUAGACUCAUCAAUCGCUAUCCGCCCCUGCACGGUGUCGGAGGGAUAGCUAUCCCAACUGUUGCUGAUGUGUCCAAUAAAUAUAACAAAUUUAUAGCAAAGCUGGAUGGUAGGGGUUAUCAUAUCUUCAGCUAUUUCCCGUCAGUUCCUGUUGAGGAUGUGGCGGAGGCAUAUAAACAAGUUGAGGCAGCUGCAGCAAAGAAGGAUGUUGGGGUUACUUCAAGUGAAACAGACUAGAAUGAUGAUUUUGUGCUCUCUGAAGAGGCAGUUAUAGGUGUGUUGUGGAGAAUUUGGUUGUAGUAAUUUCUGCUGGAGCGGGUAGACAGUCUUUGUAAAGUCGCUCAUAAUAUUCCUGUCAAAUAUGGUAUGAAGUUCUUUUUUGUGUUCCUAUUCGGUUAUAAAAAACCCAACUCGUGUGGUCAUCUGGCUUUGUGCAAAUUGUCCAAGAUUAAUGAUUGCCUAUCUAGUCAUUGGUCUUU